AUGAGCUUGAAGAAUGCCUCUUCUCCUCCUCCAUGUGAAUCUGAUAAGUCAUCUUGCCAGUUAGAGGAACCAAAGGCGACUUCUAUUAGCUCCAUUUUUCAGCUUGACUUUGCGUCUACAGUAGCUGCCUUGCUUGGUCUUCCUUUUCCUUUUGGAAGUAUUGGCCGUGUUGAUCCAGAACUUUAUGAAUUAGUCGCUGCUUCAAGGGAAUCAAAAUUUAUUGCUAUGAACAAACAGAAUGAUGACUCGGACGCAUGGAUGGAGAAUUAUGUCAAUGUCCUUUGCAUCAAUUCUUGGCAGGUAAAGCGUUACAUUGAUGCCUACUCAGCUUCAUCAGCAAUAGGGUUUUCUGGAAAGGAUUUAGUAUAUAUUUCAGAUCUCUACGCAAAUGCUCAGGAGCUUUGGUCAAAAAAUAUCAAAUAUCCGUGUGAAAGCAAUAGUUGUUUCUUGUCAUCAUCUGUACUCAAGAUGCAAAUUGAUAGAUAUUCCAAUUUCCUGUCAACUGUUGCUGGGUUAGCGCGGUCAAAAUGGACCGAGUUUAACUUAAGGCUGAUGACUUGUGGUUUCUGCUUGAUGGUGGUUUCUCUUUUUGUCCAUGUUUACAUCAUUAAGAGGUUGGACAAGCAAUUUCAACAUCAUGUUCAUUUCUCUGGUGACUCCGGGAUUUCCUUCACUGCGGUUGUUGCUUGGGGUGUAGUGCUCAUACGAGCAUUCAGUUUCCUUUCAAACAGUUUUAUAUUGGAAGAAGGCAAAGUGGCUAGUUUCCUUUUAGCCACAACUGGAAUGCUUCAGCUACAGCACGCUCUAGCCCAAAAGGCCUUGGUGUUGGAUGGGCUCAUAUUUGUUCUUUUGGUCCCAUUGCUUAGAUUUGGCAUUGAACUUGGGCAAGCGAAACAGGCUGUCAAUUCUUUGUUCUUGAAGUAUCAACCAUCCUGGACACAUGGAAUCCUAAACAACUCUGUGAUUUUGACGUAUGUGGUUGAAAUCGUACCACUAGUAGGUCUUGUGCUUCUGGCUUGUAUCCUGUAUCGGUGCAUGUUGUCCAAUGCAUUUAAGGGGAUUUCAAAGUUUGUUAUUGCCGGAACAAUAUUCAACUAUGCUCUCAUAGUGUUGAUUUGGACAUCUGAUUCUAGCCUUUUGUAUCUUCCUAUGGUGGUGAUUGAGGCUAUCAAAGGACAUCUGAUUCCUCGAACUGUCUAUGCUGUUACUGCUCUCCAACUUCUAUUCUUGGCUGUAAUGAAACCUUAUUAUGGAGACGCAACAAAACAUCUGGACAAGAGUGCAACAAUUACAGCAUUGACCAUGUUAUCUUCAUGUAGUUCAACUGUUAUCCUUCUCUCAGGAAGACAAGGUCCUUUGGUUGCUUUAUUUUCCAUCAUUGCAGGCUGGUGCAUUAUUCAGUUCUUGAGACGCAAACAGUCUGAUAGUUCCUAUGUUGGGACUUCAUCAUUUUAUUCAUUUCCCACAGCACAGUGGAGCCUGCUUGCAACAUCUCUAUUUUUCUGCACCGGUCACUGGUGUGCUUUCGAUGGCCUACGGUAUGCUGCUGCAUUUAUAGGGUUUGAUGAAUUCAACAUCAUUUGGCAAGCUGCCCUUCUCACCCUCGACACUUUUGGCUUUUCUCACAUUUUACCGAUACUCGGACUACCACUGGUUGUUGCAUUUUCACAUCCCAAGAAAAGAACCAAGGAAAAAGAGGAUUCAUUUUCUAUACGAUUGUGUCAGGUUUACUUAAUGUAUGGACUGACUAUAGCUGUACCGGCGACAUUGACAAUUUUGUGUGUUGCAAUUCAAAGACGGCAUUUGAUGGUCUGGGGCCUAUUCGCUCCAAAAUUUGUUUUUGACGUGGCGGGUCUUAUCCUCUCCGACUUUUUAAUAUGCUUGGCAUCACUAUACUAUCUUACAUGA